AUGUUUUGGCGUAGCGCCUUCCCUUUCCUCCGGACUCUCGCUCCCGCCCCUCGAUUUCCAGCUUCGCGCUCCUUCACGUCAAGCCGCCCCGUUCUCCAUGCCCCGCCCGUCUUUCAGGCCCAGCGCGCCGCCGUCUUUCCCUUCGGCGUACCCUCGAAUGACCCGUCGCAAGCCCUCUUCAACGACCUCGACCUGACGAUCCAUGACGAGGACUGCUGGGCCAUCCUCGCGCCAUCCUCGUCUUCUCCGACACGAGCAGCACUCCUGGCUACCAUACAGCAUCAAGCGCGUUUCCAUCCUAUCUCGUCCGCCUCUCAUCCAAUCCUCGCAACGCUUCCUCCCGUCGACCGGCCAGCAGAAGAAGGCGGUCCUCGGGAGCGGACAGUCGAAGAUCUGCUGCAAUUCGUCAGCUUCAAGACUCGGCUGGGGCGAAGCGGAGCGUUCGACGACUACACGGCGCGGUACUACUCGAUCCGGGACGAGGACAAGUUGACGGUCCGGCAACACCUGAAGGACUCAACAGGCGCGAGCGACGAGGUCGUCGCGGAGAAGGCGAAGGACCUGCAGAUGACGACUCUGCUCGACCUCCCGCUCAUCACGCUCAGCAACGGUCAGACUCGGCGGGCGAGGAUCCUCAGGGCUCUCCUCGCCAAGCCAGAGCUGCUCAUCCUCGAGGAACCUUUCACCGGUCUCGACGCUUCGUCCCGCGAACUGCUCUCUUCCCUCCUUUCCUCCCUUCACGCCGCCCGCUCCCCUCGCGUCCUCCUCGUCCUCCGACCACAAGACGUCCUCCCACCCUUUGUGACACACAUCGCCCUCGCCGAUGCCUCGCCCGAAACACCUCUACGGCUCGGACGGAAAGACGAGAUCCUCGCGACGAAGGAGGCGAGAGAGUUGCUUGCUGCUGGAGAGGCGGAGCGCGCUGCGUCGAAGUGGAGAAAGGAGGAGAGGCAGGCUGCUGCCGCGAAGAAGGAUGAAGAGGUCGAAGGGCGGAAGACGAUUGUACAGCUGACGGGCGUGAACAUCUCGUAUGGUCGGCCAGCGGAAGGCCAGGAGGACCGAAAAGUGCUGAAGGACGUCAACUGGACGAUCAGAGAAGGCGAGCGGUGGGUUCUGGCGGGUCACAACGGGUCCGGCAAGAGCACGCUCCUUGCGCUGUUGCUGGGUGACCACCCUCGCUCCUUCACCGAAGACAUCGAGCUGUUCGGCAAGCCCCGACUACGACAGGCUACCGCGACCCUGCAAGCUAACAUCGGCCACGUCUCGCCCGAGAUCUUCAACGCCUUUCCUCGGCGGUACGGCCCAGAAGCGCUUUCCGCCUACGACGCCAUCGUGACCGGCUUCGAGUCGGUCUACUCCUACCGCAAAGCGACGCCCGACCAAGCCGCCGCCAUCUCCUCCCUCCUCUCGCGCAUCUCCCACCCGCUUCUCACGCCCUCCUUCCUCGAUCGACCCUUCGCCUCCCUCUCCCCAGGCGAACAAUCCCUGAUUCUCCUCCUGCGCGCGCUUGUCAAGCAACCCCCUCUCUUGGUCCUCGACGAGCCGUUCUCGGGGAUGGACAAGGCGACGAUCGAGAAGGUGCAGCGGUUCAUCGACGAGGAGUUGGAUGAGCGGCAGAGUGUCGUGCUUAUCACGCACUUCGAGGAGGAGGUGCCGAAGAGUGUUGGGAGGUUGCUGCGGCUGGAAAAUGGGGAGGUAGUCGAGAGGGUGUAG